GCUGCACGUAAGCGGCAGCAUCCGCCAGUGCUCAGAACAAUCCCAAAGUUAGUGCGCGAGCAAAGUCCGCGCGCGGUGGCUGAGAGUUGUUCAGCAUCAAUAUUGAUCGAUCAAGUUGUGGCCUAUUGGGGCUGAUCCCGUCUCAAACUUCCACAUUCCCACUCGCUCAAGACAUCCAAUUGUCCAAGUCCAUUCACCAGUCGACAAACGCGCCUGCCAUGGUGCACGUCCGCCUCAACGCGCACGAGACCAAUCCCAAUCAACACGUCAACUUCAUCACCGCGCUCCCCCAUCCCGACACCGCCGCCCAUGAGGCCGCACGCCAGCUCCUCCGCGCACUCGCCGCGCAGGUCCGCCCCGUAAUGAAGGCGCACGGAUUCGUCGUCAACAGCCUCGAGGAGUACGAACACAACCGUGUCUUCGCGGGCCGCAACUGGAACAACGGCGAGGUCGUUGAGCUGGUGUUGCGGGGUGCAAGCGGCUCGUUUCAACCCGUCUCGUGGCUGAUGAAUACUCUGUGCCAUGAGCUAGCACACAUCGCCCACAUGAACCAUGGCCGCGAUUUCCAAGCACUCUGGGCCAAACUCCGCAAUGAAGUGCGUGAGCUGCAAAUGAAGGGGUACUAUGGCGAUGGAUACUGGUCAUCCGGCACGCGCCUCGCUGACUCCGCCCGAGUCGGCGAGCAAUCCUUCGGCGCGGACGAGCUCCCGGAAUACAUGUGUGGUGGAGCCCAAAAGCGCACCCGACCUACCGCUCGUCGGCGCCGCAUCCACACUCGCACGCAGCCCGCGGGUCCCAGCACUCACACUGGCGUGCAGACGGCCAAGCAGCGCAAGGCGGGCGCGCGCGUCACCACACAGGGUGCGUUUGGCAGCGGGCCAGGCAAAACGCUCAACGACGAUGUGAGUGAUGAGGAGAGGAAGAAAGCAGGGGCCGGGUUCAGGAAAAAGGCGGGAAGUAAGCGCGCGAGGCAGGAGAGGGCGGAGGCUGCUGAGCGGAGGCUGCGUGCGCUGCAGGGGCAAGCUUCCUCAUCGGUCCCCUCCGGUAGUAACAACCCACCGCCCUCCGAUGACGAGUCGUCCGACACCGAGCUCCUUCCAGAGACAGAUCAAGACCGCCGGCGCGCGAUGAUCGACACGGCGGAGGGCGCAGACGAGCUCGAGGGGCUCCGGAGCUCACGAGCGGACGUAUGGGCGGACUUCUUCGUCCGUGCCGCUUCGUCGUCGUCCUUGAAGCAGAGAACGGCUGUGCCGGACGCGGGAUGCGACGUGCAGAAGGUCGGAGCGGCCGGAGGGACGGGCGCGAUCUCUUCUGGCUCUGGCUCUGGUUCCACCAAGAAGGUAAAGAGAAUGGGAAGGGAGGAAGACCAGCCGAUGUUGGAGGACUGGCUUCCGUCUGCAGCGCUACCUUCCGGCAGCUCGAGCACAGGAAAGAAGCCCAGACAGACAGGCAAGUCCGCUAUCCCUUACGGCAGCCUUGUGGAAGACGAGGUGAAGCUGCGGAAGAGGGAGUCGUUCGGCUUGACCGGCUGGGGACAGAGGCUGGGCGAUGGCAGUGAGCUAGCAAGUACUAGGCUCUCGGCUCUGGCGAGGGGAUGCAAACCCAAUGCAGCGGACGCGAGCGAGGGUGCGAAUGCGACUCUGAACAGCACCAGUGCGCAGUCCCGCUCGCCCAGUCCUUCCGAAGAAUGGACAUGCCUCAUGUGCACGCUUAGGAACGAACCCGGGCACCUGGCCUGCUCAGCCUGUGCGACGCCCCGUGGAGAGUGGAGCUGGGCCGAGAAUUUGACAUAACCCCGUGUUCGUCUGUGGAUGGCUGCGCUUGUACUUAUGGAGGGAGAUUAAGAGCGAUCGGAGGAUAUUUCAAGCAAAGUUCAGUCGCAGGGUGGAUGUGGACGCUAGGUUCGGAAGCAUCGGAAAUCUCAACUGUGGAUCGUCGUGUCGCCGUAUGUGCGUUCGCAAACUGCAUUAUAUAUUUACGUGCAAGGCUGUGCGCGAAGUGGAGAAGACGUGGUUAUACAUAAGGUUUAGACAAUAGAUUGCAGUGUGUUAUGGGUACAUCCAUGAGUUGGCGUUUCCAAUCCAGUUCGUGUAGAUCAGCAUCACUUAGCCCUACGGCCAUAAGAUCCCCGCACGGGUUCAACCUUUCAUUUCCAGCACAGGAUCUCGUAGUUCUCCUGCGCCACAUGCUCGGU